GCUUAUACCAACAGUCGAUGGAUCAGAUUGUGCCUCUACUGUAACUUCUUUUCUUCGAGUCAUAUCAUUUUACAUUGGUGCUUCAGAGCUUAAUAUAUUUCUCUUUGAAACUAUUAAAGAAAAUUACAUGCAUAAUUUACCUCAUGUACUGGUUUUGAUUGGGGAUCAGUUGGAUAUUCCAAUAAUAAGAGAAGAUGAUUCUGAUGAAAGUGCUUCAUCAGAAGUUAUUAUCGACUCAGAGUUAUUCGGUUCGGUUGCUUCUACAACUGCAUCUGUUAAUUCAAUGUCAAGUACUUCUAGUCGGAAAGGAAUAAGUACUUUAAUCCGUCAUCGUAGUGAUAUAGCCGAUUCUAAAAAGAGUCGACAAAUCCUACUGCCUGGUACUUCUCCCAAAAAGAAGAAGAAGGUUAAAUCAAAGCAAGCCUCAAGUCAAAAGAAACCAGUUCGACAUUCACCUCGACUAUCAUCGAAGAAACUAAAGCACCUCAGGGCUGAAAAGGAAAGAACAGCUAGAGCUUGUAGAAAUUUAUUUCCUGCAGGAAAGGUGUUGCAGACACCAAAGAAAAGCAAACCCUCUUCAAAUCAGGAUGUGAAACUGCGGGGCUCACCUCGAACUAAUCAACAAGGGAAAAGCUUCAUUGCUGAAACACCAGCUCAUAAACGACGUAGGUCUCUCAAAUCUUCCAGCUCAGAUCUUCAGUCUCCCAGAUCUUCUAAAAGCCAAAUAAAAUCAUCAUUGAAGAAAAAAAUAUCACAAGGGGACAACUCUGUGGCGGAGGAUUCUGCAGUUGACUUGGUAUCAAAAACAUCUCUUGUUGAAAUAAUUUCGCCAAAUCCAAAAGCUUUUAAGCUAGAAGAAAUCCCUGCGAGUACUUCAAAUAAAAGUUCAAACAGUCUCGAAUUAUUACAAACUCUACACAGAAGAAAAUCUGUUCCCACCAAAUAUGGAAUGGUGCCAUCCAAAGUUCUUGACUCGGGGGAUCAGAGCUUUGUUCAUUACACUCCUGAAAGCAAAAGAAGACUUUCUCUAAAACUCUUUUCCAAGGUUCUUACUAGUCCAACUGCACGAAUGGGCUUGAAAAGGUGUAGCAAGAGAUUAUUUGAUCAAAUGUCACCUCAAAAAGAAAGAGAGGCUAAAAAACUUAAACAGUGUGAUCAAGGCCACAGUUCAACACAUAAAUCUUAAUUAUAUUAAAAUUAAAGAGAAUUUCUUGUUAACCUAAAAGUGUGCUAUUGUAUGUGCAAGAAGUGU